AACACAAACAAACAUGGCUGAAAUCUUGUUUGAACUUCAGAAAGAAGGAAUAUUUAAAAAGGUGUUGUAUGGAGGAGAUGGGAAUAUUCCAACUUUUCCCGAUGGUGCUAAGGUAUUUAUAAUAUAGAGAACGUUUUCUCUUAAAUUACAAGUCUAAACCUACUUGAGACGGAGCUUUUUUGUUUAUCAGUGCCAAGAAAUCUGAGUCUUGUUCACAACAUGUUCUGCACUUGCCCUUGCUUUGCAAAAUCAAAAGAUGUAUACAAAACAAACUUUCAGUUCACAGAUACUAUAUAUAGCUAUACUAUAUUAUAUAUUAAUGCCUAUGCCUACACUAUAUUUUAUUUAAAAUUAUAAAUAUUAUCUUGAAGUAACUUUUAGGGAAUUGAAUGCACUUUAUUAAUCAAACUCAGCUGAAAUCUAAACAUUUAUUCAAACAGGAUAUCUUGAUUUGCAUAAUUUAUGCAUGCACUUUUUUUUACCACUUACAAUAAACAUGUUCUACUUGCAGAAUUUGUUAAAUGUUAUUAUUUUUGAAGCCAAAAUAAGUCCUAAUAAACAUUUGAGAUUUGAAUGAGAGUUGAUAUGAAAAACUGCAAUUUUAUUUAAGCAUUUAUGGUUUAUAGAGGUCACUAGAAAAAAAAAAAAUUGAAAUAAAAUGACAGAAGACCCUAAAAUAUCAAUGGAAGCAGCCAUUAAAAUGGCGAGAUGAGGAAGAAAUAGGAGGAGCAAUCUGGUUAUCUAGUGCAAAGACCAGCCAGCCAAUUCGAGGCUUUUGUAUGGGGCAGAUGGAUCAGCCAUUCAUCUUUUUUUUCCAUUCAACUCUGCGCCAAUAGAUGGGCCCAGCCAUCUCAAGAGGGUUAAUAUUAGUGAUAAUCAAACUCAAAAUCCACCUCUGAAACUGCAGCCCCAAACCACUUAUAAUUUAAUUAUUUUUCUGGAUCACAAAAAGACAACUCUUCAGUUAAAACUGAAUGCUGAGGCUCCAUUUUAGAUGUUUUAGGUGACUUGGCUCACAUGACAUGCGGACAGAGACUGGGAAGAAAUACUCCAGACUAUAUCACCACUGUGGCACAGAUGCUAUAACUAUUACUAAAAUAAUUUCACCAGAAUUAGAUUAGAGCCUAAAAAUUCACAAAUAGAAUUUUCAUCUUAAAGAUGAAUAGCCUUAUUACUAUUAUUACUGUGUAGGGCCUACUUACUUAUAGGAUAUUGAUAGGAUAAUUGAUUAUUAUUAAUAUUUACAACAACAUGCUUUAGGCUACUCAGUCUUUAGUAACUUUACUUUAGACUUUUUAAUUAUACAAAUUUGUAUUAUUCAUUUGUGUUGUUUUCAUUUGAACAAGUCUUUUUUGGUGAUAUUAUUUGUUUUUUGUUCAGUCUCUUUUCCAAAUUUUCCCUUCCCUUUUUUUUUCCUUAGCCUUAUCUGAAUAAUUGUACCUUUUGAGUGAAUGAAUUUUUGGACUGGGUUUCAGCAACAAUACACUGUCUCAAAUAAAUUGUAAUGAAAUAUAAUUUUACUUCUAUUUUUUAUGAAAUAACAUUAUUAUCUUUAUCUCAAAUAGGCCACAUUUCAUUACCGCACAACAAAAGCAAAUGAUGAUAGAACCGUUUUGGAUGAUAGCAAACACACAGCAAAACCCAUGGAGUUGAUAUUCGGCAAAAAAUUUAAACUGGAAGUUUGGGAAAAGUUACUGAAAACAAUGAAAGUGAAUGAAGUUGCUGAAUUUACUUGUGAUACCAAAGUAGGUUUUACUAAAAAUUUUAUCUUCUGAAAAGUUUGUAACAGUUUAAACAUUAAAUUUAAAAGCAUUGUAGACAAAAAAAUACUACUCUUGUUAUUAAACUUGUGCGCCCAUGAUUUGGUUGACAAUUUCAAGUCCUCAUUUAGAAUUGAUUUAACCUUUUUUAUUUCACUUACAAAUUUUACAAAACUUUCUACUGUUUAGGGAACAAAAUAUGAUAUGGCUAGGUGGAUAUAAACCUCGUCCAGUUUCAAAAAGUCCCUUAAAACUCAUCUGUUUAGGUCCGCCUAUGACCUGUGAUGCACCCUCCUUGCCCUACCUCAUUUUCUGUUUCGGCUUAAUCCUGAAGUGUCAAAGUGUCCUCUUUUUAUAGCCAUUUUCAUUGUUUCUAUAGAAUAGUAGUUACUAUCCUAGUGUCUCAUUUUUAUUUUACUUAGUUUACAUGUUUUAAUAAUUGUAAAGCGCUUAGAGCUUUAUGAUAAGCGCUAUAUAAGAAUAGUAGUUACUAUCCUAGUGUCUCAUUUUUAUUUUACUUAGUUUACAUGUUUUAAUAAUUGUAAAGCGCUUAGAGCUUUAUGAUAAGCGCUAUAUAAAAAUGCCUAAAUAAAUAAAUAAAUAAAUAUAAAUUCUUUAUUAUUGUUGUCAACUAACUAACAUACAUAUUCUGGUUGAGGCUAGACCUUACGCUCUUAAAGCCCCAGAUAGUACUCCGUCAACCAGCUCCAUCUGCUGGGCUGUGCCAUGUAACAUCAUUGUAACAUAUGACUCUCCUGCCACCCUGGCCUUCUCCACAACAUCCAGUUCUGUGCACUUAGUCAACAGAUGCACUGUUGUCUCCUGGGCCAUUGAGCAAUGCCGGCAGGUUGGGUCCCUGUUUUUGUUAGCCUUUUAAAGUAUGAGUUAUUAGGGCAGUGCUCGGUUCUCAUUUGGGUCACCAGACUCUGGUGUCGAUGACCCAAUUUCCACCGUGGGUCUAAUUGUCAACUAAAUUGUUCUAUUCUAUAAAUAAUUUUCAUUUAGAAUGGAAGUGAAAAAAAUUGUAUACACACUCCUUUUCCAUGAAUGUCAAAUAAUAGCUAAAAUUCUUCAUUUGUAUACUGAUUCUCCUUUUAUCUCUUUUUAAUUUAAAUUAAUCCAAAGGGGAAGGCUGUUACUACUGUUAGUUGUAAUGUUUUAGUAGGUGUUUUUUUAAGCAUUAUUAUUAUCCGCUUCUAAUCUUGUCAUCUUUCUUUGCACAUUAGCACACAGCUGUUUACCCUCUAGUUGCCAAAAGUCUGCGUGAUAUUUACAAAGGGAAGUCGUCUCACACGCACACAUCUCACUGUUGUGGAAUGAUGGCUCUCUCUGAACAGGGCAUGGGCUAUUCAGAUUUGGAUGAACUUAUGAAAUCUCCACAGCCACUAGUUUUUAUUCUGGGUAAUUACACAAAGUCUUCCCAUGAAUUAAUUCAUUUAAUGCUCAUUUAUUAAUCAAAAUGUAUUUCAAGGAAAGAGCUGUUGUGUGGUUAUUUUACAAACCUUUUACCUUCUUGUUUUUGCAUUAAUAAAAAUUUAUAUGGAUCUCUUUCUUCAUUAAAAAAAUCGUUUUAAAGCCAGACAAAAAUGAGCUUGAAGUUUAUCUACUCACAUAUGCUUAUUCAAGAUUUGGUUAUAAAGCACUCUCUCUCCACAGUCUAUGUUUUUCAUAUUUAAGGUGUCAAAGAAUCCUAGUUAAGAAUCAUGUUUUUAAAAUUGAGUACCUAUUUAAUUUGAUUCUUGAACAGAGUUAUUGAAGCUGGAGUUGCCAGAACAAUUUGAAAAAGAAAGCUGGUCCAUGAAUGAAUUUGAGAAGCUGGAGAGCAUCCCUAAGUUGCGUGAAAUAGGGAACGAGGCCUACAACCAAAAGAACUAUGAAGAAGCUGCCAACAAGUAUGCCCAGGCCCUUGGGAUGUUAGAAGAUCUCAUGUUGCAGUAAGUAGCCACCUGAACAGACGCUUUGCUCUUGAGGUCCUGGAAGUGUGGAGCAACAGAAGUAUGUUUUUUCUGUGACUCCAGGCCAGGAAGUGGUCUUCAGUUACUUAUGAAGCCAGCCCCUCUGAACAGGCAGAGGCUAUUGGAAAAGACUGCAUCCAGGAACAUGCGGUUUUCCUUCUGGACACGUUGUCCUUAGAAACAGUCCACUAAGAUUUCUUUCCAGCUGCCAAAGCAUUUUGCACUUAGCGCUGAGGACUUGCUCGCAAUCAGGUGGUGUCAAAAAAUAUGUACAUGGCCGAAAUCCCAUUGAAAGGUCAUGUAUAGCAUUUAAUUUAUCCAACGGCUGCGUUAUGUUAUCCUAAUGAAGAACCUUUUUUCUUUUGGUGGGUGAAUGGAAAAAUAUCCCUAAUUAUACUCCUACAUUAUGCUGCUCUAUUGAAAAUUGUUAUGGAGGUGUGAACAAGUUUCAUUCCCCUGAAUUCACCUCAUGGUAAUAUAAUACUUAUUAUCUUUCAUGUUUUUUUGUUCCUAACAUUGUAGCAUUAAAUUGCGCUUUUUAUACUUCUUUAUUUCUUCUAAGUCCAGAAUUCCUAAAGAAGUAUGUUUCACUUGAACAUGAAAAGUUUGUUUAAUUUUUCAGAGAGAAGCCUGGUGAUGAGGAAUGGAAAAAGCUUGACCAGAUGAAACGUCCACUUCUACUCAAUUUUUCCCAGUGCAAGCUGUUGACCCAUGACUACUACCCUGUGAUAACUCAUACUUCUGAUGUUUUAGACAGAGAGCCAGGUAGUGAUUAGUAUUGUUUGAUGGCUAGGUACUAACUUAUUUAGUGAUGUCUUAAUCUAAUUUUUAAGUCUUUAAGGACCAGGGACAAUAAAGCUAAGGCAUAUUAAUUCUGAAGCCACUUAUUUGCUAACUUGAUCUGCGUGUGAAUUUAAGGUAAAGCUAUCCUGGGAAAAUGUUUAAAGGGGAUUAAAAUCUAUUUUUUCCCCUGUAAAAAUAAAGUUAUCACUACUUUUGCAUUUCACAUUUAUUUAACAAUUAGGGAUGUUAAAAACACCUGCCCAGGUACCCGUUUAGCAAAGGAGCCGGGUACCUGACAAAUUUUCAGGAAAUAUAGGGAUUCAUUGGAGAAAAAAAUUUUUUUUUUUUUUUUUUAGUAUGCUGUGUCUAAGUUACAACUUUAAGUUUUACUCUUUUGAAAUGGUGCAGUUCAUUAAUUUAAUUUUUAUUUUUAAAACAAAGGAGCCGGGUACCUGACAAAUUUUCAGGAAAUAUAGGGAUUCAUUGGAGAAAAAAAUUUUUUUUUUUUUUUUUAGUAUGCUGUGUCUAAGUUACAACUUUAAGUUUUACUCAUUUGAAAUGGUGCAGUUCAUUAAUAUAACUUUUAUUAUUAAAACACUUUUUACUACACUGGAUUUGUUUUUACAGGUCUCUUUUGAAACAUUAUUUAUUAUUAUUUUAUCCCCUUACUAUAAGAUUAACAACAGGCAAUGUGUGCAAGACCAACAUGUGCUUGAUAUUAGACGCACUGUGCUUAACCACACAUAGUUGGAAAUAAGUUUUAUAAAAGCUUUAUGUUUACUUUAUUGAAAUGAUCAGAAUUAUGCCGUCAAUAGAAAACUCGAGGGAAGCAUGAUUUCAUUACUAUUAUUAAAUAAUAAUGGGAGAGGCUUCUCAUGACCCCACCGCAGGCAUUUAGUAGCAACCGUAGGGAAUGAGGAAAUUCAUUUCUUCGUUUAAAAAAAAAACAACAAAAAAAAACAACAAAUUAUUAGUGGAAAUCGUAUUAUUUUUUAUGAUCUUAUAAAUAUUUCUUUUAAUUGGUUACCCCAGAAUUGCUUGGGUAGUUAGCCUCGGGCGGGUACCCAGGCGCCUGUUAACAGCCCUUAUAAAAUGUUUAUGUUUCAUUAGGAAAACAAAGUUUCCUAUUAUUUUUCAGUGUUAUAAGUUAGAGGAAGCCAACUCAGCUUAGAGAUUACCUUAACUAUAUCAUUAUGGCAAAUGCAACCUGCUCUCAAUAACAAUUAUUAGCUCUGCAUUGUUUUUUAAAAUAAGAGAUAUUUAAAAGUUCCCGGCCCAUCAUUAUUUAGACUUUAUUGCUGUCUAUUAUUGUCUACAUGUAUUUUGUUUCUAAAACCAUAAUGACUUUUCCCAGAAGUCCCAGUGAUAAAUCAUGAACAAUAUUUUCUAGAUAAUGUCAAGGCUCUGUUCAGGCGAGGAAAAGCCCACGCAGCCGUUUGGAAUUUGAAAGAGGCACAUGAAGACUUUGCAAGGGUCGUUGAACUUGACUCCAGCUUAAAGAAGGCAGUGGCAGCUGAGCUUGCCAGCUUGGAGCAACGGGUCAAGGAGAAGGAAAAACUGGAAAGGUCAUUACUACAGGGCAUGUUCAGUUGAUGGGGGUCAACAACUCGGGUCCUUUCCUGGUUACAUGACUGAUGAUAAUCUGGUCAGCUGAUAAGUAAGUUAUGCCACCAUUAAACAAAAGCAUUUAAGAAAUUAGAACUGAUUGUCAUACUCAUAAACAAUGCAGAAAUUAAUUGGUGUUAUUAGCUCCUUGUGGAAUAAGGAAAUACAAAUCUGUCAUUAGCCAGUACUUAUUUUGUACAUGGAAGAAAAGUAUCGCAACACUCCAACCUCUCAAACAUUUUUUUAUUUUUAAAAACCUUUUCUUAAAAUGUUACAGCUGUAUGUAUGUUGUGUUUAUAAAUGGCAUUAGGAGCUUUCUUGACCGACAUAAAUUUUAAGUUAUAUUUUUUUUAAACUUUACCACUCUUAUAAGUAAACGAGUACCUGAUAAAGUUCUUGAUUUGAUUAAAUGUUAUUCUUUUGGAAAUCAUUUAUUUAUGUUAGCAUUCAAAACAGUAAAAGUAAAAGUGAAAAAUCAACAAAAUUCUUCUAUUUAAAAAAAAAAAAAUUAUUGAUCAUGUAUUUGGUUAUUGAGUUAAUGUUUUAGAAAAUAGACUAUUUUGUUUAAAAAUUGCACAAAUGUAGUGAUAUUUAAACAUAUUUUUUUUUUGGAUCAGUUCAGAAUUUCAUUUUCUUGGAAACAACAGCUGCUAGAUCUACUUUUAGGCCUCACUCCAAAUGUGGUCACCUGAGCCAUUUUUCUGUCUUUCAGUUGAGAGAAAGAAAUGACCUUAUGUGUGAUACAUCUUAUAAUUAUUUUGUUUUGUGAUCACACCACACAAUUGUAAUGUUUUAAUUGUAAUUGCAUUUUAAAUAUAUCUUGGAGAAAGACAAAAUGUAUUUUGGUGUGGCCCCUAAAUAAAGCUUUAAUGAAUUUACAUAUUCAUUAUGUUUGCCUGACCCUUUUUUCUGUACAAGUUCAGUUUCACUAUCAGCAGAUUUCUUUGUGAUCAUUUACCACUGUCCAUAAUGAAUUAAGUUAGUUGAUGUAGAUAUUUUAAUUGUCAUGGUCUAUAAAAAUCAAUCAAAAUUAGCCUGAUGUGUAUUUUUUCACUGCAAUAUCGAUUUGGUCUGAUGGCACUGAUCCAAAUAUAUAUAAAUAUAUUGUUAGUAAAUCUAACUUUAUAUUUUAGUUAUUUCCAAUGCGCUCACGCUACAAUUGAUUGUGCAAUCAUACUUUGUGAUUAUGUCUUCCAUCAAAUCAACGUUUACAUUUAAAAGGUACAAUGGCAAAAUUGACAGGUGCAGCCAAUUGCAUAUUGUUGUAUAAAGAUCAAGAAUCAAACCACAUUUUCAGUGUGUUGAAAUGCACUCUGAAGCAUAGUCUCAAGCUCAAGGGAAAUAGUGCAGCAUUUUUUUGUUUGUUUGGUUACUUAUUUCCCCUUAGUCAUUUAAUGUGAUAUUAUUUGUACAUACUUUCAAAACAGGAUGUAAUUAUUUUCUACUGUUGUAUAAUACAUUACUUCCAUUGUAGAAUUCAAUGUUAACUUUUAUUUGAAUUUUUGUUAUUGAAAUAAAAAUACUUUUGUUUUCUAUUACAAAUUUAAUUCUCUCCUUCAAUUUUGUUCCUACAAAUAUGGGCAUAUUAAAAAUUGAAAUUGUUAUGGACUCUUUAAAAAUAAAAUAUAGAAAGCUCUUUGUAGUGUAUUUCAUUUAAAAAA